UUAAACAUAACAGAACAAGUACAGUUCUACAAAGAACAUUUUAGUUGUGUUAUACUUCCACAAUUGUUUUGCCUUUUGAUAAGAGGCACCAAAAUGUAAACAUGACAACUGUUUAAUAAACACCAGAACCAUUUUCCGUUAGCACCUCCCAUAGCUUGUGCAAUGGCAAACCUUUGCUUUAAACUGCUUGAUUAUCCCCAUCAAAAGCUCAGAACUGCUGAGUCAGUAGAUUACAAUGUCACUUCAUACACUGGGAUUUUAUUAGGUUAUAAAAACUGUUUGAGUUAAAGAACAUUAAACCCAUAUCAGAUUACAGAUCUGGUAACCACAGACAACCAAAAGACAAUCAUCUUCGUUAAAAUGACCAACAUUUGUAAAACAUAGUGUAGGACAUGAUUUCAAUACUUUUUUGUUACUUUAAAUCAUCUCCAUCAUUAAUCAAAUCAUCAUUCCAGGUAAGUGAUAUCAACACUGCCAUUGUGGAGGUAAGCCCUUCCCCUUUGUAUAAGAUUUACUAUCUUGCCACAUGAGAGGCUGAUUAAUAACUGACUUUCACAGGUUUACUCUCUUGGCAGUUGUUUCUGGAAAGUUAUAAUCUUAAAGACCUGAAAAUGAGGCUUAAAAAUCAGAGGAUUCUGAAAAUCAUCUCAAUCAUAUCAGUGUCCCUAUUCUUUCUGAAUUACCUAGGACGAAGGACAAACUGUCCUCAUAAGGAAGAGCUGGAUUUGAAUCAAUUACUAAAGCAAGACACUGGAGAACUACAAGCUUGUUCUGCUAUUAUCCACGGAGACAUUGAUAGAGUGGACAAGCAGAUUUUCAGGAAGCUCCUGGCCUCUAAAAAAAGAAAAUCUCUGCUAUCAGAGUCAUUCUACCUCAACACAACCAUGGAUUGUCCAUCCUACAUCCGAGACAGAGGAUUUCUGAUGGUUUCUCUCAGUAAAGAGGAGAAAGAUUUUCCCAUUGCUUACUCCAUGGUGAUCCAUGAGAAGAUCGAGAUGUUUGAAAGGCUCCUGAGAGCCAUUUACACUCCUCACAAUGUGUACUGUGUUCAUGUGGACCAGAAGUCUCCCGAGAUCUAUAAAGAAGCAGUAAGAGCCAUCACAUCCUGCCUGACCAACGUGUUUGUGGCCAGCAAACUGGAGAGUGUGAUCUACGCCUCCUGGUCUCGAGUUCAAGCGGACAUCAACUGCAUGCAGGAUCUGCUCAAGUCUCCUGUUCAGUGGAAGUACCUGCUCAACACCUGUGGCACUGAUUUCCCAAUCAAAACCAAUGCAGAAAUGGUCCAGUCUCUAAAACACCUGAACGGAAAGAACAGUUUGGAGUCUGAAGCUGUAAAGUCCAAAAAGGGGCGCUGGCAGUAUCAUUACAAUGUUACAAACACUGUGAAGAAGACCAAUAUUAAAAAGUCACCUCCACCAAUAAAGACCCCCAUGUUCUCAGGAAAUGCUUACUUUGUGGUUUCAAGAGAGUUUGUGGAGCACAUCUUUAAAAGCAAAGAGAUCCAAAACUUCAUGGAAUGGGAGAAAGACACGUACAGUCCAGAUGAGCACAUGUGGGCUACAUUACAGCGGAUGCCGUUGGUACCAGGAUCCAAUCCUCCAAACAUCAAGUAUGAGCAAUCGGACAUGAACUCAAUUGCUCGUCUGGUGAAGUGGAGCUACCAUGAAGGAGAUCUAAAGAAUGGGGCUCCCUACCCACCAUGCACUGGGACGCACAGACGGGCAGUGUGUGUCUAUGGAGCUGGGGACUUGAAAUGGAUUGUGGGGCAACACCAUCUUUUGGCAAACAAGUUUGACCCAGAAGUAGACGAUGUAGCAAUCAAAUGCAUGGAAGCCUUUUUAAGGUACAAAGCUAUUUAUGGUCGAUCAUCACUAACAGUCUGAAAAUCAGACAUUGUUUUAUGAUGUUUUUAAUAACAGGUGCAAUACCUAUUUGUACAUUUUAAUAAUAUAAAUAUUGUAUUUUUGAAUCUUUUUUUAUUAAUAAUGUAAAUGUAAUACAAAAUCUAUUAAACAUUCUAAGUUGGUCAUAAUAAUAAUAGCACAAUUCUCUAUAAAUGGUUAAAACUAUAAAUGGUUUUAAAAUCCAACUGUUAACAUGUGUUUCAUUAUGACUGUGCUGCCAAAUUAUUGCCAGAAUAUUGUAUCC